CGCAACUGUGAAAGGUCAGAGCGUCGUCCUGCGCGUGCACGGGAAAAUGACAACAUUACGGGCUUUCACGUGCGAUGAUCUUUUUAAAUUCAACAAUAUUAACCUGGACCCAUUGACUGAGACUUAUGGCAUUCCCUUUUACCUGCAGUAUUUGGCUCACUGGCCGGAGUAUUUCAUCGUAGCAGAAGCUCCGGGCGGUGAACUGAUGGGAUACAUCAUGGGCAAGGCAGAAGGGUCAGUCGCUAGGGAAGAGUGGCACGGGCAUGUGACGGCUCUCUCUGUGGCACCAGAGUUUAGACGACUGGGACUGGCUGCCAAACUCAUGGAGAUGUUGGAGGAGAUCUCGGAAAGAAAGGGAGGAUUCUUUGUUGAUCUCUUCGUGCGAGUGUCCAAUCAAGUCGCAGUGAAAAUGUACAAACAGCUCGGCUACAGCGUAUACAGAACAGUGAUAGAAUAUUACUCAGCCAGCAACGGAGAGCCAGAUGAAGACGCUUACGAUAUGAGGAAGGCUUUAUCCAGAGACACGGAGAAGAAAUCCAUAAUCCCGCUUCCUCAUCCUGUCCGGCCAGAAGAUAUUGAAUAACACUGAAAUGUGGCUCUCUGAAUUCAUCAGCAUCUAACCAGGAAAAUAGAGAUUUUUUUUUUUUACAGAUUUAUUUCAAACUGUGUUUAUAGAUCAUUUCAUUGUCAGAGAGUCACUGCUUUGAAUGGCUUUCUUUAAAUUGUUGUCUUUAUUUGAUUAGUAAUGCUGAAAUGCAAUGACUUUAAAAUUAUAGUUACAUUAAAUAAAGGUCAAAGUCAAAACUUG